AUGGCAGCGGCACAGGGUGACGAGGACUUUGAAACGACUCCCGGAUACAAGGCCCCGGCUCAGGUUGAUUUGAAUACGCUUCAGAACCUGGACAAGGAUGAUGAGGCCCUGAACCGCUGGAAGGCCAAGCUCUUGGAGGGCGUUGAUCAAAGUGCUGGUUCGGGUGACCCCCGCCGCGUCAUCGUUGAGAAGAUGACCUUUGUCAGUGCUGAGAAGGAGAUGGAACUCGACCUCACUGGUGAUUUGGCUUCCAUCAAGGCUCAAAGCUUCACCAUCAAGGAGGGUGUUCAGUUCCGACUGAAGAUUGACUUCCGCGUGCAACACGAGGUCGUGGCCGGCCUCCGGUACACUGACGGUGUUUACCGCAAGGCUCUUCGCGUGAUCAAGAACAACUACAUGCUGGGUUCCUACGGUCCCAAGGCCGAGGUUCAAAGCGCCAUGACGCCCUGGGAUGAGGUGCGUGCUUGUCUGCAUCAAGCCACCGAUGUAUUUGUGACGCCCUUGCCUUGCCUCGCUUUCGUGUGUGGCCCCUCAUUGUCCUGUGUUGACUUGGCGUAG